UCAUUCCACUUACAAAAUUGACUUACACUAGUCGAAUAGCAAAACGAUAAGACAUUAUACACUAAAAUAACACAAUAUACAUACAUAUUUUUCGAUCUUUUUAAAUUCAUUAUGAACUGUGGGCUGUGCCGUAAGCCCACUAUAACGCCGUUUUCAGCGUUGCAACAGUUUCGCGUGUGUGUUUGCCUGCGGGAGCACUAUCAGUGUUUGGAAUGCGAUAAAAGAGAGCGUUUUAAAUGUGCUUUGUGCGGCCUUGCAACAUUCGUGAUCCACCUUGACCUGGAAUUCGUCUUCGAUGACGUCUGCAGAUCAAUGAUGGCAACCCAAAACCCUGGUGAGAUUAGAAAUAGUGGCAAUGAUAGUGAUAGUGCUGUCGAGAUCCGUGGACAGCGCAAUACCCGAAAAUAUUCGACCCCCAGGGACAGGGGUCGAUCUCAUUCGCUUUUUUCACCUAGGAUGACCACUCUUUUACACAAAAAGAGAAGUUCUUCCAUGUACUGUACAAAGGAUUGGCAUACCCAGAAUGUUCCUCGUUCCCAAGAAAAGACCACCAAGAAAGUGAAGGGCACAUUGACGGGUCGACGGAUUGAUACAAGAGAGAAAUGCGUUGAGGAAUCAAGACUAUGUUUGCCUAAUUUGCCUUUGAAGAAAGACGAAAGUGAGAUGAUCCCUUUGGCACGUUGUUCUACCACGAUGCAGGAACCAAAGAAACCCAUUAAUGAUGUGGACUCCUAUGCCGCUGAAGGGAUGCGUUUGCAAAUGGGUGCUCCCUAUGAAGUAAACAAAUCCGUAGAUCCAGUAAGUAAAGAUAUUGCAACUAGGGAUAUAAGAUCAUAUACUAAGGAAGAAAGACGUGCACUACUUCAAUAUGUUAACGAAAUAUGUAGCUUCUCCGAUCUACAUGCGAAAUAUUUAGUAUUUGGAUGUCAGUUUCUGACCAACCGACGACAUAUGGAAUGGCUGUCAUCGGAACCUAAACAACGAUUUGCCUGUAGUGGUAUACCCAUAGUUCGACGAGUUUUAUAUACUUGCUCAAAUUCCAUUGAACGGCAUUGUGAACUAAUCGAACUUCCAAACGAUUUUGAUAAUAAUCGUUUUUCCGGAGAUGCUUUAGCAUUUCCAUUUAUUCGCUUGGAAAAGACACAAUUACUAGCCAAGUGUCCGGAUCAAAAAUGUCAAGAACCUCUCUUUGUGUACAACAUCGCUUUUCAUCUGACAUCUAAACACAGAAAUUGGCUUGUGAAAUAUUUGGAAUUAAAUACCCCAUUUACUUUUCAAUUGGAUCUUAAGGUUACAAGCGAGAGCGUAAAAUGUCAUGCUGUAAUACAAUUGCAAAAUGUGCUUUUUGAAUAUUCCAAGUAUGGAUCUAACCUAUCCCUCACCAUAAUGAGUAGGCAUGUGCAACUGAGUGAAAUUAUGGGAAACUGCCAACCGGAUCAGCAAUUAACAUUGAUUUGGGUAGCAACUACAAUGUCCAAAACAUUUCCCAUGAUAGUAAACUUGACUUUGUGGUCAACGGGUGGCGAUUAUCCCAUAAGUACGAUAUCCUAUACUGGAAAACCCUUUGAUAUUAAGCAGUCCAUUCGACCCUAUCAUUUGAUCAAAAGUGGUAGGGUCAUUAUACUAACGGCCAAACAAGCUGAAGCACUCACUCAAAAAUGCAAUAAAAAGGUGGGCAUUCAGUUUAUCGCCAGGAUGGCAAAAUUAUCAGAAUUCUAAAUUUGCAAAUAUUAACGCAUGAAAAUCAUAAAAGACAUAACUCAAAACACGGAAUACUUGAUAUACAUGAUGAUCCUAUUUUCUUUGAAGUGACAUGUAAUUAUUUUUUUAUUGGCUAUCUGCAUUUGUACAAUGUAAAUGUAUUACCUAGACUUUUAUAUCCUCUUCGGUCUUAAGCAUUCUUUAAUCGAAUUGGCUUCUUUCUACGUACUUCUUUUGCAUUUUUCGCGCUGUCUCUUUUGGAAAAUUAGGAAAGUGAGAAAACAGCACAGGAUGAUGUGGCCAGGACGAAACAGGAGGGAGAAUAGAUCUAAGGAAAGCGACACUCAAUUUGCGAAAUGCAAUAAAUUGAAUGAAAAGUGUGAAAAUGAAGAGGAGUCAUCAGCAUCGGCGACAACACUAACGACCAAACAGAGACAGACAGUGGAGUGAGCGAGAUAGAUGGAGAUAGAGCUUGGCGCUAAGAAAGCCAGAAAAUGUAAAUGAAAAUUCAAGAAAAUUUAAUAAUAAAAACAUCAGCAUAAAGUGAAACGCAUAAAAUCCAAUGAAAUGUAAAAGGCGCCCGCUGGACCUUCUUCCUGUUGUGUUCAUGCUUGCCGUCUCUUUCUAUACCCUAUCGCCCGUCUCCUUCCAGCGCCGUAGAGACAAUGGCGUAUGCAGUGGUCAAAAAGUAUUUUGAAUACAUUUUUAAGAUGGGAAAUUAAAAAUUUUUAAGUUGAAAACGGUCUGCAGGGUUAUUGUUAAACUUUAGAGGAUUGAUUUUUAGGACACACAACUUUUGGAUUCCACCCUCUUGAAUUAUUCUUACCUAAGCCCCUGGACGGAUGUAUGUGGAAAAUAGCGUCGGGUAAUCACAUUUCUCUGGCAUAGUAUGGCAGUGUGGCAGUGUCCUGCAGCCAGCAGGAUAUGCUCAAUUGAACAUGUUGAUUGCUGACAGCGCGUCCUGACCCACCGACCCACCGACCCACCGAAUCCGCUCGCCCACCGACUCCACCCAACGCACAGCACCACACCGCACCACUGCAAAUGAGGAGUCAAUUGAAAAUCAAGUUAGAGCUGGCUUUAA